AUCAACUAAAGAAAUCAGAGAGAGCCAAUUCAGUCAUGGCCUCACAGUCACAAAUUCACCAGCUUCACUUCCUUUUUAUCCCUUUAAUGUCCCAAAGCCAUCUCAUCCCUUUCACUGAAAUGGCCAAACUCUUUGCACACCAUGGCGUAAAAGUUACCAUUGUCCUCACACACGUUAAUGCAGCUCGGUUCAACACAAUCCUUGAACAAGCAAAAGCCUCAAACCUCAACAUUGAAUUCGUUUCACUUCGUUUUCCUGGCCAAGAAGCCGGAUUUCCUGAAGGAUGCGAAAACAUGGACACCCUCCCUUCCCUCAACUUAACACUACAAUUUUUUGCAGCAAGUAGCAUGCUACAAAAACCACUUGAAAAGUGGCUAGAAGAGUUAGAAUCUUUGCCUAACUGUAUUAUUUCUGAUUUAUGUCUCCCUUGGACCACAGAGAUUGGCCUCAAUUUCAAGAUUCCAAGGUUUGUCUUCUAUACAACAUGUUGCUUCUGUCUAGUGUGUAAUCACAACAUAUCUUGCUCUAGGGUGCUCGAGGGAGUCACAUCUGACUCACAGACAUUUUUGGUUCCCAACAUCCCAGACAGGAUUGAAUUCACUAAGGCCCAGCUACCUGCAGAUAAGAGAACAAGUUCGGAUGAAUCCAAAAAAAUUAUGAACCAACUUGAAACGGCUAAGCUAUCUGCAGAAGGGUUGGUGGUUAACACAUUUGAAGAGUUAGAGGCAAGAUACGUGGAAGAAUACCAGAAAGGGGGCCAGAAACUUUGGUGCAUAGGGCCGCUAUCUUUAUGUAACAAAGCGAUAUCUGAUAAGUUUGAAAUAGGAAACAAGACCUCCAUUGAUGAGUGCAAUUGCUUGACUUGGCUAGAUUCAAUGAAGCCCAACUCUGUCAUUUAUGUUUGCUUUGGAAGUCUUUCUGAAAUGUUAGCUUCACAAUUAGUGGAGCUUGCUUUGGCCUUAGAAUCAUCCGACUAUCCAUUCAUUUGGGUUAUUAAAAGGGGAAAGUAUUCCGAAGAGUUAGAAAAUUGGUUAGUUGAAGAAAACUUUGAAGAGAAGAUUAAAGGGAGAGGUCUUAUAAUUCGAACAUGGGCACCACAAGUUCAAAUACUAUCCCAUUUAGCAACUGGAGGGUUCUUAACGCAUUGUGGUUGGAAUUCUACACUAGAAGGAAUAAGUGCAGGCGUGCCAAUGAUAACAUGGCCUAUGUUUGCUGAGCAGUUCUACAAUGAGAAAUUACUUGUCGAAGUGUUUAGGAUUGGUGUGAGUGUAGGAGUUAAGACUUCUGCGGACUAUGGGGAAGAGAAGGAUAGGGUGUUGGUGAGGAGUGAGGAUGUGAAGAAGGCAAUAAAGCAGUUGAUGGAUAAAGGAGAAGAGGCAGAAGAGAGAAGAAAGAGAGCUAGAAAGCUUGGAGAAAUCGCUAAGAAGUCAGUUGAAGAAGGGGGAUCUUCUUACAUGAAUGUGAAGAAGUUGAUCCAACAUAUAUCAGAGAACAAGUCAAUCAUCAGACUACAAAAAGGAAAGGAGAGAUCAAUCAUGACAUAAAGGGUCCAGAGUUAAUCGUUGAUCCUAUGUGCCACAUGGCUUUGAUGGUCUUGAUUGCUGCUAAACUUCCUGUAGGUCUCAAUAGGAAAAGGUAAGAUUCCACUUUGACCUUUGAAUUAAUAUUUUGAUUUAUUCUCAUCACAUUUAUUUCUUUCCUUUCCUUUUUCAAUUUUAUUAUAAUUUAUGAUUAUGUGUAGGUAAGACAAGUGGACGAUGUUGGGAAAUAGAUAAUGUAUGUUUGUUGCCUAGAUAUGUAUUAUGAUAGAUUAAAACAACACCAUAUGUAUGAAAUCUUUUACAGUGGUUUGCAUUUGAGCAAAGUGUGUUGCUCCCUAUUUUGUUGAUAACAUUAAUCCAAAUAAUUGUAUCUCUAUGUUUUCAUGUGUUUGAUGGAAACACCCAUGAAAAGGGUUGACAAGAAAAAAGAUGGACAUGUUGGUUGAAUACG